AAUUUCGAUACAAAGGAAAUCAAUCUUAAACUGGUGGAAUUCUUCUUCUUUCGUUUUUCGGUUUACAAAUUCCACUUUCUAAAUCGAGAUAAGGCAUGAUGCCUACACAACUGGCUUUAAAAGGGGAUGAGAGCUGAGACUCUCAUUGGUUAAUUGCACGUUAUGCCCAAAACACAUCCAUUACGAGAAUAGGAACGACCCUUUUAGACUGUGCGCUUGGCGCAUAAACCAUUUUCCUGUCGUUAAUUGGCAAAAGUGGAAUCGGACACGCCCAUUUAGACCGUGCGGUGUACGCUUUAGACAGUGCACUUAAAAUAGGGCCAUACGUCUGCUCGAUCUGUGGAGAGAGAUUCACUAAUGUAAGACCUCAUCAGAAGAAACAUACUGAAGAACAAACUGAUCUGUGAAAAAGACUUUGGGUUGAAAAUAACACAGCAUUAUUAAAGUGUAAAACUAAUAAAUAAAACAAAUGACUCUGCUGUACUUACAUUUACAAAUGUUAUGUUAUUAAGAGCCAUUGUUUGUGUUAUGUAUUUAUUAACUGAUGUAACAAGCAAAACGUGUCUCUUAAAGGAUGAGAUCUGAUUUUAUUCUAAUAAAUGAUCAAAUACUUGCUAAGAGAAAGAAUUAUAUUUAGUUUAACAUCUCCAGUAGAUAGCAGUAGAGUCACACUGUGAAUACAUCUGAAGGAUGCUUUAAAGGCAGCUCUGUUUCGUGCCCUUCAUUUGGCAACUUUUAAAGGAUGAACGAGCUGUGGGAGCAUCAACCCCUGAAUUGGGAUCCGUCCAUGGUUCCUUCUUCACAGCCUUGGCUAUCCCAAGAUUCAAUACGCGCCUGUGACAUCCGGGUAUUUUGAUAAAAACAUUCAGAACUGUAGUUGAAUACAAUUUUUGCGAAUUUAAAAAGUGUAUUGGCUGUUGAAAAUGAUGAGAUUUGUUAACAGGUAAAUGAAUGAAGUGUUGAGCGUCUUCUCUCUCCAGUACAGCAGGAGGCGCUGCAGCUCUUUAGUACACAAAUAAACUCACUAAAGAAAGAGAGCGGGCUGUUGUUUUUUUUUGUAUCCUCGUUGUUUUUCUCUCUUGAGUGUUUUAUUGAGAGUAAACAGAGUCUUGUCUCUGUGUAUUUUAGUAUUGAUGAUGAGAUGGAUGUGAUGUGCUGUAAAUCAGUAGGAACUGAUCUGUCUAUGCUGGAUAUUGAUGAUUUUAUCACAGAAAUCUCUCAGCUGAAGAAAGAGGUGGCGUUACUGGAGAUAAAGCUGAGAUUAAGAGGAGAUGAAGGACUGAAGAGAGAGGAUGGGGUUUGUUGUGAAUCUUCAGGGUAUGUGACUGUUUGGAGCUCCAGUGAAUGUCUGGAUUCAGUGUGGAUGAGCAGAGAUCAGAGCCGCACACCACAGUCACUGCUGGAUAAACUCUCUGAAGAGACAUCCAGACACACACAGGACUCAGAUCUCAGUCUGUCUUUACUCUCUUAUACUGAGUCAAAGCCCACAGACGCUCAGGACACUACAGUGUGUGACAGUAAACAGAGCUUACAGGAGGAUCAAACCUCCACAGAGUCUCUGGAUUCUGUCUGUAACGCUGGAGAACAGCAGCAGAUCCUGCAGACCAAACUCAAGAUGUGUUCAGUUAAACCGAUGGACAGUGGGAACCUGAUGAUGAAGAUGAGUAGAGAAACUACAGCAGAUGAAGAUCACACUGAGGAAGAUGAUGACAAUCAUGAUAAUUUUAUUCCUUCAGAUAAGAUCAGUGAUUCGUGUUUGGAUGGAGAAAUAACGUCUUUAUCGUCAAAAGAGCGACAGAUGGCACAAACUCUUUCCUGCAUCACCGAUGAAGAGACAUUGAGCUCACAGAGACUUUUAGAUAGAAAUGCAGAACAAAAACUCUUGACCUCCACCAGAUCUGAGAUCAGCUUCACUACCUUACAAAAGUCUAAACGUCAUCAUUCAAAAGUGCACAGAGAGAAGAAGAAGAAGAAGCACUUUCACUGUCAGCAAUGUGGGAAGGAUUUUGGCUUCUUAUCUCGGCUAAAAAUUCACGUGAGGACACACAGUGGUGAAAAGCCUUUCUACUGCACUGAAUGUGGCAAAUAUUUCAGCACCAAACAACAUCUUGAUUUUCAUCAGGGAAUUCACACUGGAGAGAAACCAUACGAGUGUCCUCACUGUGAGAAGAGAUUCAACCAAAAACAUUGUCUGAAUAGACAUAUGCGUAUACACACCAAUGAGAGACCGUAUCAGUGCAGUCAAUGUGGAAAAACCUUUAGGGAUUCAGGUGCAUUAAAAUCACACCAGAAUAUUCACUCUGAGGAGAAACGCUAUCAGUGUUCACACUGUGAUAAAGGUUUCAGUCAGAAAUAUAAUCUGAUUAUCCAUGAGAGAAUUCACACUGGAGAAAAACCUUACGUCUGCUCUCACUGUGGAAAGAGCUUCUCUGAUUCAAGUACUUUUAAAGUUCAUCAGAGAGUUCAUACAGGAGAAAAACCAUACAAGUGUCCUCACUGUGAAAAGAGAUUUAGACAAAACCAGAAUCUGAGGACACAUUUGUAUAUACACACCAAUGAAACACCGUAUCAGUGCAGUGAAUGUGACAAAACCUUCAAGGAUUCACGUUCACUAAAAAAACAUCAGAAUAUUCACUCUGAGGAGAAACUCUAUCAGUGUUCACACUGUGAUAAAGGUUUCGGUCUGAAAUAUCUUCUGAUUAUCCAUGAGAGAGUUCACACUGGAGAGAAACCAUACGAGUGUCCUCACUGUGAGAAGAGAUUCAGCCGAAAACAUCAUCUGAAGUCACAUAUGCUUAUACACACCAAUGAAAGACCGUAUCAGUGCAGUCAAUGUGACAAAACGUUUAAGGAUUCACGUUCACUAAAAAGACAUCAGAAUAUUCACUCUGAGGAGAAAUGCUAUCAGUGUUCACACUGUGAUAAAGGUUUCUGUCAUAAAUCUAGUCUGAUAAUCCAUCAGAGAGUUCACACUGGACAAAAACCUUACGUCUGCUCUCACUGUGAAAAGAGCUUCACUCAUCCAAGUAGUUUUGAAGCUCAUCAGAGAGUUCACACUGGAGAAAAACCUUACGUCUGCUCUCAAUGUGGAAAGAGCUUCAAUAAUCUAAGUCAUUUUAAAGUUCAUCUGAGAAUUCAUACAGGAGAGAAACCUUACGUCUGCUCUCACUGUGGUAAGAGAUUUAAAAAUUCAACUGAGCUCAGAGUUCAUCAGAGAGUUCACACUGGAGAGAAACCUCAUCACUGUACUGUUUGUGGAAAGAGUUUUAGUUAUCGUCAAAGUUUAGUGAGACACCUGAGAACUCAUACAGGUGAAAAACCUUACAAAUGUUCCCAGUGUGAGAAGACUUUUACUAACCCAGAUUCCUUAAAAGCCCAUUUGAGAGUUCAUACGUGAGAGAAACCUUACGGGCCCUAUCAUACACCCAGAGCAAUGGGCAACGCAAGUGCUCUUCACUAGUUUCAACCCAUCGCAAUGAUCAAUUUCACAUUUAGUGCCGCGUUGUUUAAAAAGCAAAUGCAUUUGCGCACAAUUUUGCACCCAUGGGCGUUCUGGUCUGAAAAUGAGCCAUGUGAACUUCAGGCACAUUCUUGGUGCGUUGCUAUUUUGAGGCAACUAAAAUAGACUACACCAUUGACCAACUAAAACCUGGUUUAAAGUCAAUGGCGCAAUAUUGUUUUUGUUAUUUAAUGAGCGUGUUAGUAAUACGGCACAGUGCGUGUUUGCUUAUCACACCCGUGGAUGCGCAGCAGGACACAACCCUUUUAUAAUAUGAAAAGUUAAAGGAUUAAAAUGUAAAAGAUUAUUAUUGAGUCUCUUGGACUUAAAUGAGGACCGAUUAUGAGAUGUUAGAAGGUGUAAAGAGCUGCUUGACCUGUAGCUUGGUAAGAAAUUGUUUUGCUUUAAACACAUACUUCUGUUUUAAAAUGUUUUUUAAAUGCUACCUCACGAAUUUGUACCUGUGGAUAUGGUGAGAUAAGAAACAUUUUUAAGUAAUGCUUUAAAAAAAACAUGGCGCUGUCCGAGUGCUGAAACGGUUCUCUGCAUGUUUGUAAAUUCUUUAUCUUCUGUUUGUUACAAAUAAAGUAUUUUUAAAGUACAAACCUUUUCUUGCAUAUCUGCAGAUUUUAUUACACUGAUUUUGUAAGAUAUCUGUCACAGGGUGACUUAGGGGGAAACCAAAAAUAGAGAGGAGAGGUUCCGCCCGGAGCAAUUUUUUUCUAAACCCCCGUUUACUUCCUGGGUUUCCAUGGCAGCGAAAUUAGGUCAGAUUCAUCACAGGUGUGCAAAGGAGGCAGCAAUUAUUGACUGAGCGGGCGAUAUGAUUAAUGCAGAUUUAAAAGACGGGCUGAAGAAGCAGAAGCGGUCGAUUUCGGGCGAGUGAACUUCCGCCUUGGGCAACUCAGCAAACACCCGCCUCCGAAGAGUUCGCAGGCCCCGCUGAUCCGGCGACCGCUAGAAAACGGGCGGAAAGAGUGCGGGGCUGGUCCGGGCGAAAGGACGGCGUGGUCGUGUGAAGGAAGUUCAGUUGUUGGGCUCGUUUGCUGCUUUUUUGGUGCGCUUGCUGUUGGGCUGUUUUUCCUCUCAGGCUGAAGCUGGCGUGGCUGUGUGGGACGAAGAAAACCAUAGUGGCUGGAAGACGAUUGGAGAUUACUGGAAACUGAAACGAAACAAAAGGAGAAGCGGAGUUUAGCGUGAGUGUUUGCCAUAAUGAGGAUAUUGUGGCAUAAGUGAAAUCGCUGUGCAACCCUGUUGGGGGAAGAAACGCCUCGUUCCGUGUGGCCGGAAAUAAUCGCCUGUGUGGAUCAAAGAGGAG